AUUUUAUCUCUAGCACGCCGUCCCUUGUUUCGGCCACUUCAGAUUCGGUGGGUCGCACCACCGACGCGGCUGGCCCGAACCCGACCUGUAUCGGCCUUCUGGUCGCGCUCGUGCUCGCCACAUCGGCGUCGGCCGACCCUUCCUCGAUUUCCUCUCGGCUCCGCUCGUAGAAGCUACGUCCUCCUCGCUUAUAGCACGCCCGCUCUCUUUCUGCCCUUUGCCUCUCGCCUCCGUGACGGGCGACAUCUCGGUAGAGUUGUAGGCGGUCUAGCCAUGUCGAAAGCCCGGGUAUACACCGACGUCAACGUCCUCCGGCCCAAGGAGUACUGGGAUUACGAGUCGCUCACCGUCCAGUGGGGAAAUCAAGAUGAUUAUGAGGUUGUGCGAAAAGUUGGAAGAGGGAAGUACAGUGAGGUCUUUGAAGGCAUAAAUAUAACCAAUAAUGAACGGUGCAUUAUCAAGAUCCUGAAGCCUGUUAAGAAAAAAAAGAUCAAGAGGGAGAUUAAAAUACUUCAGAACCUUUGUGGUGGUCCAAAUGUUGUGAAGCUUUUUGAUAUUGUCAGAGAUCAGCAAUCAAAAACUCCCAGCUUGAUAUUUGAAUAUGUUAACAGUACAGACUUCAAAGUCUUGUACCCUACACUGUCGGAUUAUGACAUACGAUACUAUAUCUACGAACUUCUUAAGGCACUAGAUUACUGUCAUUCUCAAGGAAUCAUGCAUCGAGAUGUCAAGCCACAUAAUGUUAUGAUAGAUCAUGAGCUGCGCAAACUCCGGUUAAUAGACUGGGGACUUGCUGAGUUCUACCAUCCUAACAAGGAGUACAAUGUUCGUGUAGCUUCAAGAUACUUUAAGGGUCCGGAGCUCCUGGUUGACUUGCAAGAUUAUGACUACUCCUUGGACAUGUGGAGUCUUGGUUGUAUGUUUGCUGGAAUGAUAUUUCGCAAGGAACCAUUCUUCUAUGGUCAUGACAAUCAUGAUCAGCUUGUUAAAAUUGCUAAGGUACUUGGUACCGAUGAACUUAAUGCAUAUCUAAACAAGUACCGCUUAGAGCUUGAUCCACAGCUUGAUGCUCUUGUUGGGAGACACAGCAGGAAACCAUGGUCUAAAUUUAUCAAUGCAGACAAUCAGCAUCUUGUUUCUCCUGAGGCAAUAGAUUUUCUUGAUAAACUCCUUCGAUAUGAUCACCUGGACAGGCUCACAGCACGGGAAGCAAUGGCGCAUCCCUACUUUCUUCAAGUGAGAGCUGCAGAGAAUAGCAGAAUGCGGACCCAGUAAAAGUCCAGGCGAGUUUAACUGCAACUUGUAGAAUAUCCCGCUAAUGAUAUUGAUUUGGCGCACCUGUUAUUUAUACCGCAACCCGUAGUACUCGGAUGACGUGUGGUGCUUAUAACACGAUUUUAUUGAGCGUGCGUUAUCUUCUGUAGCACUCAUCAUCAUAGUGCUAUUGACGAAUUAUGCAACUCAAACAUGGAAAUGCAUGGUACUCAUCUUUAUUUCCA